AUGAAUAACCAGGAGAGCUCAGCCUCGGGAAGGGCGGGGACGGCACCGGGAGCCCCCCAAAAUCCUGGAGCCCCCGCACGCCCUGGAGCCCCCCCAAGUCACCCCAGAGCCCGCGGGGGGGUUCCCGCCGGGCUCCCACCCCCGAGGCGCCGCUGUGUGUCCGUCCUGGAGCCCGGCACGGCCUGGGACGAGGAUGAGGAGGAGGAGGAGGAGGAGGAAGGGCGAAUCCGCGGCGUGGCCCUGCGGAGAUCCGGGGCGCUGCGGAGCUCCCUGGAUCCUUUCCGGAGGCACAGCUGGGAGCCGGGCAAGGACCCGCGGGGCAUUCCGGGCUACGGGCAGCUCAGCCGGAGCCCCGAGCUCGGUUCCAGCGCGGAGCAGCUGGGGGGGCUCUGCCGGCGCCCCCGGGACCCCCGGAGGGCCCCCCUGGUGCACAGCAGUGACGAGCUGGACUCGCUGCUCUCGCAGGACGAGGAGGACGAGGCCGACGUGAGGCGGGCACAGGAGGACGCGAGGAGGCUCCCGGCGCCCCGGGCCGGGCCCCUCUCCCGGGGCUGGUCCCGUUUCAAAUCCGCGUCCCUCGGUGUCAUCUCCAGUGUCCCCGGCGAGGAGGCCGCCGAAAUUCCCCCGUUCGCCUCCCAGCAGAGCCUGCUCGGCGGCACCGGGAGCCGCGAGCGGCUGGCGGGGGAGGCGGGGACCCCCCCGGGCCGGGAAGGGACCCCCCUGGACAGGACCCUCAGCUUCAUCCGCAGGAUGACCGGGAAGACAAAGGUACGGGAAUAACGGGAGCGGGGCGGGAUCGGCGCGGCGGGCGCGGCGGGACAACGGAACAACGGGAACCGGGAUAACGGGAAAACGGGAUAACGGGAAAACGGGAUAACGGGAUAACGGGAUGGAUUCAGGGAUGCUCUGCCGUGCCUCAGUUUCCCGUGUCCCGCCCGGCUCCGUCGCUCGCCUUUUGCCAGAUUUUGGGAUCUAAAAGAAAGGAAAAUGUGCUCAGGGAAGGAUCCCGAGCGCAUCCCCCCCGCUCAUCCCGGCCUCUCCCGCCGCCAUCCCUCCCUCGGGAAUGUUUCCCUCCUGCUCCUUCCCCUCCGGUGCCUCAGUUUCCCCUCUCCCGCCCCUUCCCGAGGCGCUUUGGUGAUUCGGGGGGAGGGUCCCCCCUCAAUUCCCCCCGCAGGGGGGGAAACUGAGGCACGAGGGGACGCAGCAGCGGGCGGUGGCUUUGUCCCCACGGCUGCCACCCCAGCCGGGUUUUGGGGGGGCCAAGCCCCGCUC